GAGGCGCGCACCAUGAGCGGCGGCGAAGUGGUCUGCUCUGGAUGGCUCCGCAAGUCACCCCCGGAGAAAAAGUUGAAGCGUUAUCAGAUACUGAAUGAGCACCUCCUUGGGACUAGGAGAAGAAAGAUGAAAGGUGAAAAGACAUGGCUCCAGCCCUCGAGAUGCUCACUCGUAGGGAUGUCAAACACGGCAUGGAAGAGGAGAUGGUUUGUGUUACGCAGUGGCCGUUUAACUGGAGAUCCAGAUGUCUUGGAAUAUUACAAAAAUGAUCAUGCCAAGAAGCCUAUCCGUAUUAUCGAUUUAAAUUUAUGUCAGCAAGUUGAUGCUGGAUUGACAUUUAACAAAAAAGAGUUUGAAAACAGCUACAUUUUUGAUAUCAACACCAUUGACCGGAUUUUCUACUUGGUAGCAGACAGUGAAGAGGAGAUGAAUAAGUGGGUUCGUUGUAUUUGUGACAUAUGUGGGUUUAAUCCUACAGAAGAAGAUCCUGUGAAGCCACCUGGCAGCUCCUUACAAGCACCGGCUGAUUUACCACUGGCGAUAAGUACAGCGCCACCAUCCACCCAGGUAGAUGCCUCCUCUGCCGUUCCACCUCCUCCAUAUCAGCUAAUUAGCCUUCCACCACACCUGGAAACCCUUGGCAUCCAGGAGGAUCCUCAAGACUACCUCUUGCUAAUCAACUGUCAAAGCAAGAAGCCUGAACCAACCAGCCAAGGGUCAUCUUUUGUUUCUGAAGAAGGAGAGGAAUACCUACUGCUAGAAGAUUUUGAAAGCAAAACGAUUCCAUUGCAAACGCACGCUGAUUCUGCAAAAUCCACCCCUUCGGAGACAGACUGCAAUGAUAACGUCCCUUCUCAUAAAAAUCCUGCUUCCUCCCAGAGCAAACAUGGAGUGAAUGGCUUUUUCCAGCAGCAGAUGAUGUAUGACUCUCCACCACCUCGGGCUGCAUCCGUUUCCGUAGACUCCAGCCUUUAUAACCUGCCCAGAAGUCACUCCCAUGACGUCUUACCAAAGGUGUCUCCUUCAAGUACUGAAGCCGACGGAGAGCUCUAUGUUUUUAAUACCCCAUCCGGGACCUCGAGUGUAGAGCCUCAGAUGAGGCAUGUAUCUAUUAGUUAUGACAUUCCUCCAACACCUGGUAAUACUUAUCAGAUUCCGCGAACAUUUCCAGAAGGAACCUUGGGGCAGACGUCAAAGCUAGACACUAUUCCAGAUAUUCCUCCACCUCGGCCACCGAAACCGCAUCCGGCUCAUGACCGAUCUCCUGUGGACACGUGUAGCAUCACACGCACAGCCUCUGACACUGACAGUAGUUACUGUAUCCCGACAGCAGGGGUGCCACCGUCCCGUAGUAAUACCAUUUCCACUGUGGAUUUGAACAAAUUGCGAAAAGAUGCUAGUUCCCAAGACUGCUAUGAUAUUCCACGAACAUUUCCAACUGAUAGAUCUAGUUCACUCGAAGGCUUCCACAACCACUUUAAAAUCAAAAAUGUAUUGACAGUGGGGAGUGUAUCAAGCGAAGAACUGGAUGAAAAUUAUGUCCCCAUGAAUCCCAACUCUCCUCCACGACAACAUUCCAGCAGUUUCACGGAACCAAUUCAGGAAGCAAAUUAUGUGCCAAUGACUCCGGGGACAUUUGAUUUUUCUUCAUUUGGAAUGCAAGUGCCUCCUCCCGCUCACAUGGGCUUCAGGUCCAGCCCGAAGACCCCUCCUAGAAGGCCAGUUCCUGUUGCAGACUGUGAACCACCCCCCGUGGAUCGGAACCUCAAGCCAGACAGAAAAGGUCAAAGUCCUAAAAUUUUAAGACCUAAACCCCAUGGUUUAGAGCGAACUGAUUCACAAACCAUAGGUGACUUUGCUACGAGAAGAAAGGUCAAGCCGGCACCUUUAGAAAUAAAACCUUUGCCAGAAUGGGAAGAAUUACAAGCCCCAGUAAGAUCUCCCAUCACUAGGAGUUUUGCUCGAGACUCCUCCAGGUUUCCCAUGUCUCCCCGGCCAGAUUCAGUGCACAGCACGACUUCAAGCAGCGACUCACAUGACAGUGAAGAGAAUUAUGUUCCCAUGAACCCAAACCUGUCCAGUGAAGACUCAAAUCUUUUUGGCAGUAAUAGUCUUGAUGGAGGAAGCAGCCCAAUGAUCAAGCCCAAAGGAGACAAACAAGUGGAAUACCUAGAUCUAGAUUUAGAUUCUGGGAAAUCCACGCCACCACGUAAGCAAAAGAGCAGUGGCUCAGGCAGCAGUGUAGCCGACGAGAGAGUGGACUAUGUCGUGGUUGACCAACAGAAGACCCUGGCUCUGAAGAGCACCCGUGAAGCCUGGACCGAUGGGAGACAGUCCACAGAGUCUGAAACGCCAGCCAAGAAUGUGAAGUGAAAAUGCCGCUUUAACGUCUCUGAACAAAAGAGGGCUGAGCUGUAAGGAGAAAUCCUGUUUGACCGAAGAUAACUUGACCCUUGUACUCUAGGUAGAUCCCCAGCUGAACAGAGUCGAAGUCAGAGGACCUUUCAGACUUAAUCAAGCCAUUGAGCGUGUAAAUGGUGCUUUGUGGUAUCUGAACAAUUCAUCACAUGUAAAUAAUGUGGGAAAAUACUGUUGUUUGGUUCCCAGAGAAACAUUUGUUUCGUAGUUAACACACUUGUAGUAUUACUGUAUUUAUGCACUUUUUCAUUUAAAGCAUUGGUUUGGGUAUUCCCGAAUGGACCUUAACAUGAUUCUUUUGGGAGUUCUUGUUUUUCCUCACACUACUCUUAAGAACGAUGCUACGUGAACUAAGCUACUUUCCACUGGGAAAUUGCUCUUUCAGCUGCAGGGUAACAACAUGACGUGAGAAGUAGAUUCACAGUAUACCUUUCUACCUGAAACUUAACGGGGUAACCGUUAGCUUAAACUACAAAGUAGAGUUGGACUCAUCAUUCAUUGCCUUCCAAAGUGCUAAGCAUCAUGUACCUACUGGUGUCAGGACUUUGUUCUCUGGUUCAUGGACAUUCGGUUUUCAGCGGUGGAACUUUCUUAUAUUUUGUUAAUUACAGUGUUUUGGGCUCAUUAAGUGAAGAUUCUGCCAGGUGGGAUCUUACACCUUGGAAAGAGUGAAUAAUCACAUUAUCAAGUAAGUGUGCAACUCACUGAUGGCGUGUGGUGACGAUGUGCUCUCACAUUUUCAACAUGUAUUAAACUUUACAUUAUUUGCAAAGUGUAGAUUGUAUAACUAAUCAGGUACGUACCAGGCACUGAUGUGCUAAUACAAUGAUCAGGUUUAGACAGUGAGCUUUAGUUGUAUUCGUGUUAGUCCUCUCACGCUGGUUUCCAGUUUGGAAUUAAGGGCACAAUUGACAUUCACUGUUAGUUAUAGCAACAUACUGUGAUUUUUAAUUAGACGGUCAUUCAGAUUUAUUACUCUAAGAAUGAAAUUCUGUCUUUUGACACCAUAGUGCCCUAUGAUUUUUUUUAAACUUUACUUAAUAUUCUUCUUGGCCUUAUCCUAUUUAAAUCCCUAUGCAAUUAAUAUUUUAUAUCUGCAUUUUUUAAAAAAAUAGAUGUUAUAUAAGUGAUUCUCAUAUGUAGCACCUAUUGCUUUUCCAAUAAAAGAAUUAAGGAUUGUGUACUGUGAUUUAUAUUCACUGCCCCAAUUCAAGAAAUAUUGGAGCCUUGCUAUAAUGUGAAAUCAUAUAGUCAUGGACCUCUUCCAACCAGAUUUCUGAAACCACCAGAGGUAUCGUAGAAUUCUAUCUCACCUAUAACAUGGUCCUAUAGCAAGACCACACAUUAUCUAUAGUAAGGCUACAAUUUAUCUGUCUUGGCUUUGCAAUGUAAUUUAGAAAGCAGGUAUAGUUAUUGGUUUGAUUGGUUUUUAACUAAGUUACAUACAAUCUCUUAUGUACUGAUUUGAGACUUACUAACAGUGUUUGGAGGGGCCGUAGAGAUUGAAGAGCCCACAGCUGAGGUAUGUUUCCCUCCAUGCAGACCUCUAAUGUUACCUGAGUACACAGAUGUGCCCUGAUUUCUGACCCCUUGGUCACCGUACUGUGCCUAAUCAAUGUAAUGGGUUUAUGUCCCCUCCAUGAGCUAAAAACGUUCAUAACAAGAUGAAUUGUAGACAAGUAACAUUUGAUGCUUUUAAAUGUUUGCUGCUUUUUAAACAAAAACUAAAACCCAGAACUGAAUUUUGAGGUGGAUUUUUAAAUAAAAAAACAUUGUUUGA